AUGACCACGGAUCCUUAUGAUACGCGAUUCAGUAAUGAGUGGGGGUCUUUCCCAACGACUCUCAUCCGCAAUGAAGAAUGGAAUUCAAUACCUCACUCCAUGGCACCUACCGAGCCCGGCCAUCCACCUGUGGGGCACGGAGGUGACGAUCUGUUAAUAGACCCCUCAUUUGAGACCGGGGACGUUGAUCUGAACAGAUUCAACCCUAAUUUCUACUUGGAUCCGCUCGUUGUGACACCUCCAUUUCAAAACAGUGCAGCCUCUGGAUAUCCUAUGGACUUUUCUCUUGGAUCGGAAAACUUUGACGGACCAAUGCUGGAUAGCUCUAUACUAGACUACUUCUCCAACAACCAGCAUGAGUUGGAUUCUCUUUCUACCCCAUCUCUCUGUUUCGAAAACCCACAACCGAUUCCUUUCUUAACACUAUCAACUUUGACACCUUCCUGUCUGGCUGAAAGCCGCACUCCAUGCAUUGUCACUGCGACACAGUACCUUCGCACACUCCACAUCCGCCAAACAAAUUGUCUCUCUCAUGGCAACCGUCAAAGCUCUACAUGCCAAGAGAUCGAUGGGUCUGAACCACCACGCAUGUCUGGUUCGGUUUUAAAGGGCACCAAGGAAGCCGGCAUGUCAGUUUGCCGCAUGCUACAAUGUGCGUGCGCCCUACGUCCACAGAACCAGCUUAUACUAGCUGUGAUCUGCUCCCGACUCGUGGCGUGGUAUCGAGCGAUGAUUCGCGCAUGCUUCUCCCGCCACCCUUACAGCAAACCAGGUGGACAGAACUUCACCGAAGAAUCAGCUUUGCCCGAAAAAGUAGUCAAUGAGGCUGUCACGAUUGGUGAUCACACUGUCGACAAUCCGGCGUUGGGAUGGAACAUUCAGGCUCAGGUGAUCCUAGGGGAGCUUGGACAUCUGCAGCGUCUCGUUGAUACUAUCUCGAUCCGGAUUCAACAGACUGUCAGCUCGCAUCCAAUGGGGUUGAAUGUCGAUUCUGGUUCCUAUGUACCAUUUUUAGGGCUCCCGGACAUCGCGCACGACCGACUGGUGACGCAUCUAUCUAAGGAGAUCGAAGCGGUCAAGAACGAUUUGAUGACGGCUUUGAGAUAG